AUAAAAUUCUUAAAAAGAUUGGUGAAGGUACAUUUGGUCAAGUUCUAGAAUGUUGGGACAGAGAGCAGAAGGAAUGUUUUUCCAUCAAAAUUAUCUGAAGUAUUAAGAAGUAUCUUGAAGUAGCAAUGGUAGAAGUCGAUGUGCUUCAGUUACUUGGGAGAUAUGACAGGAAUGGAAACCAACAAUGAGAAAAUCUUUUCCUCGCAUAUCAAUUGUACCAUAAUUGUGUAUGGGAUCUUUUGAAUCUAUCUGCCCCAACAAGGACUUUAGAACGAGUGUUGGCUUCAAGAAGAAAAAGAGAUGUUGAAACUCUUCUGGAGACAUAUCUUUGUAUCCAAUAUAUCUGUGAAGGUGUCUUGUAGCAUCUUUAGCAAGUAUGUUAGUUCUGAACAUUCCCUUCUUACCUGGGCUAUGAUGGCAGAUUAACUUUGAUUUGACAAUGUUAGCCCAAAAUACAUAUGUAAGCAAGAUAUACCCAAUGCAAUAUUUAUGUUAUUCUAUACAAUUUAUUGUCAUCUUUUUCAUGUA